AUGCUUUUCCGGGAUGUGGCGGGAUCAUCGCUCGGAGCGCUGCGCCGAACCCAACCCAGGGGCUGCUCCCGGAGCUGCGCGGACAUUGAGGUGCUCAGGUGGGACCCGGGGCCGGUUCUGGGUUCUGUCGGUGUCCGCUGGGGGUUCCCAGCGGUGCCGCUUCUCCCCGGGCCGGCAGGGUGCGGAUCGCAGGGCCGGGACGGGUCUGGGGCCGGGAUCGGGACUGGGAUCACCGCGGGCAGCCGGAGCCGCCCCGGGACGGGCGCUGGGGCCGAGCCCGGCGCUGCCGCUCCUGCUCCGGCCGCAGCGGGUGCGGGACUCCGGGCACGAUCCCUCUUCUGCCGCAGGGAGCCGGGGCUCUGCCGGGGACCGGGAGAACGACGGCGGAACCUCCUCGUGCAGACGCUGGAUUGUGGCUGGAACCGACCGGGACACCGGGAACGCCAUGCCAGCCCUGGGAACCCCAAAUCCCGCGGGUGUGCAAAGCCCCCGCAGCCCUCAGCGGGGAGCAGCGCCUGCCUCCCCCCUCCCCGUGUCUGCACAGCCCUGGGGCUCCCGCCUGCCGUGGAACGAGUGGGGCUGGAGCACGGCAGGAUCUGUUUGCCAGGGCCAGGCACAGUUCCACUCCAACAUCCUCCAGAUCACAGGACAUGUGAAAGAUCUGCUGGGGUUGAGACAGACUGUAAAAUCUGACUUUCAAGUCCAUAGGAUAUUUCCUGCAG